UCCACUUGUUUGUUGUGACGCGCUCGCGGUGUGAACAGCUGACGCGUUGUGUGAGCUCGCUGUGUUUUAACAGUAACGGGGGUUUAAAGCGAGUUUAAACGGGUGUGUGUUUCCUCCACACCCAUUCAAUUACCGGCUCCACCGAACAGGACCCCCGCUGUUUCCCCGGUCGGUGUGUGGCCGUGCGGGAGGAUGGAGGCCCGGCGCUCCUCCUCGCUGGCUCUGAGCGGAGAGCUGUCUCUGUCUUUCAGGGACGAGCUGGCGGCCACCAUCCACGGCGCCUUCGAGGUGGCGGUGGAGAUCGCGGUGCUGGAGAUCUCCAAGCUGGUGAGCCAGGCCCUGGGGGACGUCCGGGACCAGAUGCAGGAGACGCUGCGGGAGAACCAGUUCCUGAAGUCCCGGCUGCAGUCCGCCGAGCAGGAGCUGGACACGGCGCGGAGAGGCCCGCCGGCGGCGGCGACGGAGAGACCGCAGGCCGGCCAGAGCGAGGACGGGGGCGGCUUCACUCAGCCGCAGAAAGGCCAGUCUGAGCAGCAGCAGCUGGAGCCCAGGACCCCCGAGCAGACCACCGAGGAAUCCUACCAGUGUGCUGAGGGGGGCUCUGAGCAAAUGGACUCAGAAUCUUUCAGGGAAAUCCGUGAGGAUGGACGAGUUCGCUCACACGACCUGAACCCAGCCCCCAAAACAGCGCCUGUACAGUUCCUCGACCCAGGUCCACAGCACGAUUCAUGUGAGUCAGAGAAGCUGCAGAAGGCAGAGCACAGUCCAGACAUACCAGGAGAGCAGAACCAGUCACCUGUCCUGCUUAAAGAAGAGCCACUUCAUUUGAAGGAGGAGAGUCUACAGCCAGAGCUGGAAGAUGGGCCUGGAGGCGAUGGAGAUCUAGGCUCAGGCUGCAGCUUUAUUCCCAACUCUGAUGAAGAGUUCAGACCAGACAAACUGUCUCUGGUUCAGUCUAAACUGCUGGAGGACUGGAGGCCCGAUCCUGAGCAGUCACAGAAGGAGAAGAUGGAGUCUGUUGAUCCUGGACCUAGUCAAAGUCAUGAAGUUGCAGACGUCAUCCCCUCAGCUGGUGGUCGUCCAGCCUUCUCUGCUUCAUUCGACGGCCUUUUCCCAGCAACAGACAGACCUCAUCUGGUGCAAGCUGCACCUCAAAACUAUGGUGUCCGUGUCAGGACAAACGCCCAUCCCAGUCUUCACUUGUGCAAACUCUGUGGUCAUUCAUUCAACCGCGCGAGUGAUCUGCGUAGACAUCAUAGUCAACAGCACAGAUCUAACGCAGCAAAGGCUUCCAGCUCAGGACGGCCAGCCAAAAAGCAGCUGUUCCCGCCAGGAUGCAGCCCUUACCACUGCAACGAGUGUGGCCGUGAUUUUAACCGCAUGGAAAAUCUAAAGACGCACUUGCGCAUCCACACCGGAGAACGCCCGUACGCUUGCUCUGUGUGUGGGGUGCGGUUCCGGCACUCUGGGGCACUGACGCGACACUUCCGUAUCCACACAGGAGAGAAACCUUAUGUCUGUGGGCAAUGCGGGAAGCGCUUUCGGAACUGUGGUGGACUGCGCUUCCACCAGAAGUCUCACAGCAGAGAUAGACACAUAUUUAUGAACUGAGUUUGAGGAUUAAUACAGUGCAGUGUUUUUCUUCAGGGUAGUGCAGUGGGAUUUGAGUUAAAGGGCCCAAAUGUGUUGUUAUUGUUUUUUAUAGAUAUUAGAGCCGGGCAAUUUGACCUCAAUUCAAUAUUGUGAUUUUACUUUAAUUAUGGUUACUGAACCAUCAUUUUAAAGGUGUAGAGCUGUAGUGGACUGAACGUUUACUGAGAAGAGAAUGAAGUCACAUAUCCUCUGUGUUUUCAUAGCUGGCCUUGCAACACAUGGAUGUAUGGAGUCCUGUUCUGUGGAAACGAUGGCCCUCCCCAAGAGCCAAGACAAGACCACACAGAACAGCGCAUUUAAGAUUGCAGAGUGUAGUAUGAAACAUCAUACAGUUUCUUUUAAGACAUUGCAACACCGUGCUUAAAAAAGAUUAAUGGGAAGAGUGAGGAAUGGCUAAAGGAAAGAUGUGGCUAAAUACAAGUUGUUUUUUUGGUAUGAGAUGCUGGUGCUUUAGUGUGACAUCUAGUGGCAGAAAAGAUAUAAAACCUUUAAUGAAUGAACGUGGCACUUUUGUUUGGUUCAAGCUACUUGAGUUGGUCAGUUGUUUCUGUGUUAGUUCUAUGCGUUGCUUCCAUGUCACAGUCUGAUCACAUGACUACACAAUGUAUGUUUUUAUGGGACAGUAGAUGAACACACAAUGGAGAAAGUGUUAAAGAAAUGGCCCAUUUUUUUAAGCUAAUUGCUCAGCUGUAACAUAAAAAAUAAUGUUCGAUAUACUGUGUAAAUAUGGUUAGGUCUCAAAACAUACCCUUCCUUCUUCAUUACACAUGGGUCAAAUUUGGAAAUGACUGUUCUUUAAACCUACAGAGGUUUAGACCUCAAAGAGAUGAAUGGGGAGGUGUGUUGUCUGUAGACAGUCUGUAGCAGAGUUACUGAAGUCAAAGAUCCAGAGGAAAAUGAGCAAGCAUACUCUUGUGAAUUGCUCCUGUUGUAAUUAUUUUAAGACUGUUUUUGGUACAUAAACUUAGAGUUGUCAUAAGUGGCCUUUAAGGGGGUGAUUACAGAUAAAUAUGAGCCCUUUAAGUGCUCAAAAGAAAAGGGGGGAUAAAAUAUCAUUGAAAAAGAUGUGCUUAGUUCUUAUAAUUUCUAGUACAGAAUUGUAUUUUAUAAAUUUCUUUAUUGUGAUUUUUUUGUAGCAAUUACAUCUUUUUGAAGUCUUUUCCUGACUGGGGAUUUUUUGUUUGCCUCUGUCAGCUGGUUCAUGUGAAGGAUGUGAAGAUCCACUGAAGAAAAGUCCCUCAGUUUUUUUUAGCAAUACUCAUAUGAAUGACAGAGGGGCCAAAUUAAACACAUAAAUCUUAAGUGCAACUGUAUGGAUUUUGUAUGGAUUUGUUGUUUGUACCAGUAUUAUAUUUGAUUGUGGAAGUAUUUAUGACCGCAGUGUAGGUACCUGAUAUCAGUGCAAUCCCAAUAAAUUCAGCACAUUGUAAAACCUUAAA